AUGCCGUCCUCCACCCCCGAUGCGCUCGAGUCUGACCUCCUUACAAAACUUUCCGCCACAUCUGCCCUCGAAGACCUACAAGAAUCUCUUCUUGGCUCCCUGCAUCGCGUGGGCUGGACCGAGCGGAUUACCAGCCUCGCCACCGAACUCCUCCGCGCCGGCCGCUGCGAGACCUUCGAUGAUGUUAUGGCAGCAGUAAUCGCCUCCGCGGAAGGCAGAAGCCACCCAGCCCUGGGUGCAAAGCACACAGAGAACGGCGAGUCAUCGACCAACGGAGCCGCCAAAGAGGGAAAGGCAAAUGGGACAAAGAAAGGCGGCUCCGACGACAAGAACGCAGAUGGCCCAUAUGAUCCACUGAAGUACAUCGAAGAAGUGAAUGUGCGUAUUCCGGAUGACGUGGUGGCCGAAGGAGUUCGCGGGUUAAAAGACAUAUUGCGGGAUAUGGUUGACCUGGAGGAUGAGACGAACGGGGAUAAGAAAUGA